AUGCCGGACCAUCUCAAGGACGCCGUUAUCGCUGAAGCGAACAGCGUCCGCGAAGCCUCUCAAGAUGUCCUCAUGUCGGGUGCAUAUCUGUACCCUUUCAAGGGAAUCUUCUACUUCGCAACCCACAAGGGCCUCUGGGGUCCAUUUAUGUCCCGUGCUGGCCGAACAAUCAGUCUAGGCAUGGGCGUGACGACGGCCAUGUUCUUCUUCACCUACGUGCCUCAGAUGGCCGUCAUGGCAUUCACCAGCGGACCGUUGGCUGCCAUCUCCGCAGCCCUUCUCAUGCUGAGCGAGAGCUCCACAAUCACCAAUCUUGUUUCUCGCUCCUUUUUCGUCGAGGAUGCGCUCAUCGAUACCUUUGAUGGAACUCUCAUCGCCCGCGAGCAGGAGCCUCUCGUUGCCCAGGGUCGACAGGUUAAACCGCGGUCCAGCGGUCGGGAUGCCGUUGCCAGACUUGGAAAGGUCUUUACCCGGCCUUUUGCACGGCUGAAGCCUCAGGCUCUGUUGCGGUCGCUGAUCUUUCUACCCCUGAAUCUUAUUCCGGUCGUUGGAACUCUGCUGUACAUUGCUGUGCAGGGUAAGCGUGUUGGUCCGGAGCUGCAUGCACGUUAUUUCCAGCUCAAGGGCUGGGAUGCUCGUCAGCGGGAGGAGUGGGUGAAGAAGAACCGGGGAGCGUAUACAGGCCUCGGCAUCUCGGCGUUCGCUCUUGAGAUGGUCCCCUUCGCAUCGAUUGCAUUCUCGUUCACGAAUACCGUCGGUGCUGCCCUGUGGGCUGCGGAUAUCGAAAAGGCGACUCAAUAG